ACUCCACUCCCAACCACAAACGCACCCGGACCAGACAAGCAAGACACAGACUCACGCACACACAACUCCACCCCACUCUCUUCAACCACGAUGACACUCCAAAACCGUUGGAAAAAACUAAUCACCAUCUCCAUCUCCAUGCUCCGUACGGACUACAACCAAACGUGACAAAGGACGCUCAGACAUCGUCUGCUCGCUCGUUCAUCCCCCCGCUUAAUUCUCGCACGCCCCUCCAAAACGGGAAGUCGACGAGAACCGCCCGUAGAAGUCGACACCCUGACCUCGUUCCAACCCAAGCGUCUCCAGGUUUUGCCCCAUCACCAACCCCGAAACCACCUCUAGAGUCGCCAUGGCGAGUGGUUCGUCGGCGAUACCGGCUGGCCACGGGAACGGGCCAGCAGCAGCACCCGCCCAGCCUCAUCACCAACCGCAACAAGAAGGAGACAAGGGGAAGGGCCGUGUCGACGAGGGCGCCGAAACCGCCGGCGCUGAGACAUCGGCUUCCGCUUCCACACCCGCUUCCGCAUCCGCUUCCGCGACGGCCCAGGCCGAGACAUACGAGGCCACGCACGUGCACGCCGUCUACGAGGCCAUCGCGCCGCACUUCUCGUCUACUCGCCACAAGCCGUGGCCGCUCGUCGCCCAGUUCCUGCUCGGUCAGCGCCCCGGCAGCAUCGGGCUCGACGUCGGCUGCGGCAACGGGAAGUACCUGCGCGUCAACCCGGCCAUCCACAUCCUGGGCUCCGACCGCAGUGCCGCCCUCGUCCGCCUCGCCUGGGAGGGGCAGCGUGCCGAGAGACCGGCCCAGGACGACGUUGCGGUACCUGGGAUCGGACAGGUAGACGUUGCUGUCGCCGAUGGCCUCGCGCUGCCGCAUCGCCACUCCGCCGUCGACUUUGUCAUUAGCAUUGCCGUCAUCCACCAUCUCUCUACACCUGCCCGCCGGCGCGAGGCUAUCGCCGCGCUGCUCGAGUGCGUGCGACCCCGCGAAGGCCGCGUCCUGGUGUACGUGUGGGCGCUGGAGCAGGCGUCGAGCCGCCGCGGCUGGGACGAGGGCAGCGACCAAGACACGCUGGUGCCGUGGGUGAUGCGCAAGCCCAAGGGCCAGGGCCCAGAGGAGACGUUCCAGCGCUACUAUCACCUGUACCGCAAGGGCGAGCUGGAGGAGGAUGCCGUCGCGGCUGGCGGCGUGGUUGAGGACAGCGGCUAUGAGAGGGAUAACUGGUGGGUGAUAUGUAGUCGGCCAUCGUGAGAUACCACAUGGCCUGCUAGACUACAAGAUGGAAAUCAAAAACCCUUUAGAGCGGGGGUCAUAAAAACCAAGUAAAACUUACUGAAACAAAAUCACCAUGUGACAUUAAAUGGGUGUCAGAGCACCCUCAAACAAUGUAAUG